AUGCUGACACUUCGACGGUCAAGUGCCGCACCCCACGUGCGCCGCGCAGCGCUCCGAGCGUUGAGCGUUGCGAGCAGCAGUCGCCACUUCGACGUGAUUGUAGUCGGCGGCGGUCAUGCAGGCUGCGAAGCUGCUGCUGCUGCCUCCAGAACGGGUGCUAAAACCGCGUUAGUGACUCAAAAGUUAGCAACAAUUGGCGAAAUGUCAUGCAACCCAUCAAUCGGUGGGGUGGGCAAAGGCACAAUAGUGCGCGAGGUGGACGCUCUGGGCGGCCUCAUGGGACAAGUCGCUGACUCUGCGGGCAUCCAGUUCCGCAUGCUGAAUUCCGCCAAAGGACCGGCGGUGAGAGGUCCGCGAGCGCAAAUGGACCGGGACUUGUAUCAGCAAGCAAUCCAAAAAGCUCUACAGGAGCUACCAAACCUGUGGUUGCUAGAAGAGGGGGUGGACGAUCUUGUGCUGGAGAAACGAAGUCAAAGUGAGGACGGAAUGGAAGACCAAGUGAAGGGAGUCGUGACCUCUGCCGGUCGGGAGAUUUUGGCGUCCAAAGUGAUUAUCACAACUGGUACUUUUCUGCGUGGCAUGAUCUACCAGGGACCCGAUAUUCGGAUUCCAGCGGGAAGACACAUGCGCGAUUCUGACGGACUCGAGCCUCCAGCCGUGGGUCUUGCAAAGACACUGGAACGUUGCAAGUUUCCGCUUGGCCGAUUGAAGACCGGGACCCCACCAAGACUGGACGGACGCACCAUUGACUACGCAGGUCUCGAAGUCCAGCCUAGCGACGUUUCGCCAAAGCCUUUUUCGUUCCUGAACGAGCAUCAACUGGUGCAUUUAGCUAACAAGCAAGUGGUUUGUCAUGCUACGUAUACCAACGAGGAAAGUCAUUGUAUCGUGCGUGAGAAUUUGCACAUGCUGCCUCAGUAUGACGGAGGUCGAGAUGGCGAAGGCGUGGGACCGCGGUAUUGUCCGUCGAUCGAUGCCAAGGUUGUUCGCUUCGCCGACCGCUCGCGGCAUCAGCUUUGGCUCGAACCCGAGGGAUUGAACUCCCAUAUUGUGUACCCGAACGGUAUUAGUACCGCGCUGCCGAAGGAGCUGCAACUGAAGUUGCUUCGCACGAUCAAGGGACUCGAAAAAGUGGAGCUUGUGCGCGCUGGGUACUCGGUCGAGUACGAUUACGUGGACCCACGAUCGUUACAACCGACGUUGGAGACGAAGAUGCUGCCAGGGUUGUACUUGGCUGGUCAGAUUAAUGGUACCACCGGAUACGAAGAGGCCGCAGCCCAAGGUAUUGUGGCCGGAAUGAACGCCGGACUGAGCGUCAUGGGACUAGAGCCACUCGUUCUCGAUCGUGCCGACGCGUUCAUUGGAGUACUCAUUGACGAUCUCAUCUCGCUAGGCACCACCGAGCCCUACCGGAUGUUCACUUCUCGGUCAGAGUACCGUCUGUUGCUUCGUGCCGACAAUGCCGACCUACGCCUUACUCGCAAGGCAUUCGAUUGUGGCGCUGGCAUCUCGAAUGAGCGCAUGGAGAAGUUGGUCCACAAAGAAACGUUAAUGGAAUACGCUCGCAGAGCACUGGACGAAUUUGUGCGCGAUCCUUACGAGUGGAAUCGUCUUGGCGUCAAAGUGGGUCUUGACGGUGUGAAACGAAGUGCUGCCCAGGUUCUGGCGUUCGCUACCGUGGCUCCACACGAUAUUGAGCGGAUUUGGCGUGACGUUGGCUACGAGCACGCGAAUGCAUUACCCGACGAGAUCAAAGAGCUUAUGAAGACAGAGUGCCUCUACGCGACGCAACUACGUGCCCAGCACCAAGAGAUUCGCGUCUUUCGCGACAAGCAACACGUGCAGAUCCCGACGUGGGUCGACUACUCUAAGCUGCCUAUGAUCUCAAACGAGGAACGGGAGAAGCUCCAGCAUGCACAGCCCACCACGAUAUCUGCCGCCAGUCGUAUUGCCGGUAUUCGAUCAGCAACGCUAUUGCUGCUUUACCAACUAGCCAUGCGUCAGCUGCCGGAUGGACAAACGAAGAAGCAACGUAGGCGCAAGGUUGUCGCUCAACGCGCCGCUGACGCCAUGUAA